CAGACGCGGUGGACGCCGCGCGCCUGCGGGGAGCUGCUGACCCGCUCCGCGAGCCCGUGUCCCUCACGCACCGCCGCCAUGGCUUCGAAGGACCCCACGGCCGUGGAGAGAGCCAAUCUGUUAAACAUGGCUAAACUGAGUAUCAAAGGGCUCAUUGAGUCUGCCCUGAGCUUCGGCCGCACCCUGGACUCCGACUACCCCCCUCUGCAGCAGUUCUUCGUGGUCAUGGAACAUUGUCUGAAACACGGCCUGAAAGUGAGAAAAUCAUUUUUGAGUUAUAACAAAACUAUCUGGGGCCCUCUGGAACUGGUGGAGAAGCUGUACCCAGAAGCAGAGGAGAUCGGAGCGAGUGUCCGGGACUUGCCUGGGCUUAAGACUCCCCUUGGCCGUGCUAGAGCGUGGCUCCGAUUAGCCCUCAUGCAGAAAAAAAUGGCCGAUUACCUGCGUUGCUUAAUUAUCCAGAGGGAGCUCCUAAGCGAGUUCUAUGAGUACCACGCACUGAUGAUGGAGGAGGAGGGAGCCGUGAUUGUCGGGCUGCUGGUCGGCCUGAAUGUGAUUGAUGCCAAUCUGUGUGUGAAGGGAGAGGACCUAGACUCCCAGGUUGGAGUGAUUGAUUUCUCCAUGUAUUUAAAGAAUGAAGAAGAGAUCGGAAAUAAGGAAAGGAAUGUUCAAAUCGCCGCCAUCUUAGACCAAAAGAAUUAUGUUGAAGAGCUAAACAGACAACUCAACAGCACAGUCAGCAGCCUCCAUUCAAGAGUGGACUCAUUAGAGAAGUCAAACACUAAGCUGAUCGAAGAGUUAGCAAUAGCUAAGAAUAAUAUCAUAAAGCUCCAAGAAGAGAACCAUCAAUUGCGUAGUGAAAAUGAGCUGAUCUUAAUGAGAACUCGGCAGCACCUGGAGGUUACCAAAGUGGAUGUAGAAACGGAGCUUCAAACAUACAAGCAUUCCCGGCAAGGUCUAGACGAGAUGUAUAACGAUGCCAGAAGGCAGCUUCGAGAUGAGUCACAGCUCCGACAGGAUGUGGAGAAUGAGCUAUCAGUACAAGUUGGCAUGAAGCAUGAGAUGGAGCUGGCCAUGAAGUUGUUGGAGAAAGACAUUCACGAGAAACAAGACACUCUCAUCGGCCUUCGGCAACAGCUGGAAGAAGUCAAAGCAAUCAACAUUGAGAUGUAUCAAAAGCUGCAGGGCUCUGAAGAUGGCUUGAAAGAAAAAAAUGAAAUAAUUGCCCGACUAGAAGAAAAGACCAAUAAGAUCACUACAGCCAUGAGGCAGCUGGAACAAAGAUUGCAGCAAGCAGAGAAGGCGCGAAAGGAAGCAGAAGCUGAGGAUGAGAAAUAUGCCCAGGAGUGUCUGAACCAAUCCGACAGUCUGCAGAGACAGAUCUCGCAGAAGGAGCAACAGCUGGUGCAGCUGGAAACGGACUUGAAGAUUGAGAAGGAAUGGAGGCAGACUUUGCAAGAAGAUCUUCAAAAGGAAAAAGAUGUCCUAUCUCAUCUUAGACACGAAAGCCAAAAAGUCAUAAGUCUUAAAAAAGAGUUUCUUAACCUUCAAGAUGAAAAUGAGCAGUUGAAAAGAAUUUAUCAGGAACAAGAACAGGCUCUGCAAGAACUUGGCAGCAAACUCUGCGAAUCGAAACUUAAAAUAGACGAUAUAAAAGAAGCCAACAAAGCGCUCCAGGGACUGGUCUGGCUAAAAGACAAAGAUGCAACCCACUGUAAGCUUUGUGAGAAGGAAUUUUCACUCUCCAAAAGAAAGCACCACUGUAGAAACUGCGGGGAAAUUUUCUGUAAUGCCUGCUCUGACAAUGAGCUGCCUUUGCCUUCUUCACCAAAGCCAGUGCGAGUCUGUGAUUCCUGCCAUGCAGUGCUCAUUCAGAGAUGUUCCUCUAACAUGCCAUGACUUGGGACUCCAUUAUGCACAGAUGCACCUACAGCGAGGAGGGCUGUGUGUACUGCGGUGCCCAGUCAGUACUGUACCUCGCCUCCAGCUCACACACAGGUUUCUAAGUUAUAUGGUUAGCAUUCUGUCCCUGUACUUAAUCAGAUUUUAAGAUAGCAUGUUUUUAUCACUACUUCAACAAUCAAGUAACCUUUAACAAAAGGUCAGAUAGCAGAGCUAAUGCACAUUUGCCUUACCUUAUAGAGGCCUUCUUGAGGAAAAGGCCACAGCUUAUUUGCUUCUGAACUGUCAAGUUGGCACUUGAAGGUGCCUGUAUAUCUCUUAAUGCACUUUAAAAGGCGUCACAAUUCUCAGAGAAAAACUGGAAAUGCAUUCAACUUUAUGUUACAUGCCAAUUUAACGGUUUUUAAAAUGGUGGCCCAUGCCUUUAAUCCCAGCACUUAGGAUGCAGAGGCAGGUGGAUCUCUGAGUUCAGUAAGGCCAACCUGGUACAAAGAGUAAGUUCCAGCCAGGACAGCCAGAGUGUCCAGGAAGACAGACUCAAACAAAGUUGUUUACUUUUUCCCAUGAACCUUCUUGCCUAAGCUCUGAAGUGCUGGGAUAUAGGUGUGUGCUUCUAUCCCAGGGCUGUGUAUUCUUCAUUGUCUGCUAAGAUGCUGAUUCAGUUGUAUUUAUUUGCUUGUUCUUCUCUCUUCUCUCCAAUGGAAAAGACCAAUGAUUUAAUCCCACCCAUCCUUUCCUUUUUACUUGCCCACAUUUUUCAUAUAGUAGAUUAAAGGACCAGUGAUCUGGCCUCUAGCUUUUCCUUCACUUAUAACCAUCAUCCCUAUCACAAAUGCUAAUUUUUGUAAAGGGUUAGAUUCCAAAGGAGAAAACAUUCCUACCCAGGGAACAAGGGGACCGAAAGAGACCACAGGCCUUUAAAGAUUGGUUCUAAGUAUUAAAAUUAAGAGCACUGCUAUGAAAGAAUUAAGUUUCUUCACCCUCAGUUCUCUUAAGAAUAACUUCUAGGAAGCAUUACACUGGCAUAUUUAUGCUUUCCCACAAUAGAAUUUCACCCUAUAUGUGUAUCAAGUACUGUAGAUAGUAGCUCCUUAUUUUUUCAAGCGGGGAGUGGGGGGUGGGUGGGCACAGAACAUGACCAUUUAGGAUCUUUAAUAUAUUAAUUUCCAGCCUUGUACUUUUGUCUAUAAAGCCUUUCAAAACUCUAGUGAUUUUACAUUCCCAAGAACACUGCUCAGUGACUGAGUAUUUUUCUGAUCCCCUUUUCUGCAGUAUCUUUUCGUUUGCUACAUCUCAGUACGUUUUUAUAAAUUGCCAAAAUUACAAAACCAGUAUUUACCAGCUUCUGUGGUCAACUUAAAUUCAUUCUGACAGAUUUCUAGAUGUUUCUUCUUUUGGAGACAGGGAAACCCCAAGUCGGCCUCUAACCUGGUGUGCAGCAGGGGAAGACCUUGACCGGCCUCUCUGACUUCACACCUCCCUUACAGCUGUCUAGUGUUUGUAUGUGGUGCUGGGGAUGGAACCCCUGACAUUUGGUAUAUAUUGGCCAGGUACUCUACCAGCUCAUUACUCCCCCAACCCCAGAUGCCAUUCGUUAAACAUGGACAGAAGUGGCCUCGUGACAGAAUUAAGAUGGCAAGGCAGGACAGGAGGGCUGCCACAAGCUUCAAGAGCAGCUUGCUUGGUCCAUCCCUAUAUAUCACCAUAUAUAUAUAUAUAUAUAGAGAGAGAGAGAAAACCUGGCACGAAAAAAUUUAGAAAAAAAAAAAAAGAAUUAUAUUCUUUAACUGCUUUGUACUGAUGGGGAUUACUAACAUUUUACUUUCUUCUUCUCUUUUUUUGAGCAUAAAUGAAAAAACUUCAAAUACUUCUUUUUAUUACCACUCAAAAUUUGUGUCAUAAACAUGGGCCUUUUCUGGAGCAGCACUAACUCACUCCCCGCUGUGUUUGGGAUAAGAAUAUAGCUGAGUGGUAUAGAAUGUUUGCUUAUUGUGGCUGUUAAGGGCCUGGAUUCUCUAUUCACAGCACUACCAUCAAAAAACAUAAAACCACCCAACUUUAACUUUAGCAUAUCUAUCCUAUUUAUUACAAAACAUUCACAGUUCUUAUUUUGCAGAAAACUUGUCAUUCCCUUACUUACCUAGCCAGUACUACCACAAAGAUGUGAUCAUGGUGCCAAGGAAUUGCAAAUGUAAUUCUGAUCUGUAAUGUUUUUAAAAUAAAUGUGAAUUUUAUAAAUCGAAGAUCUAAGAAAUUAACAAUUACUUAUAUUGCUUUAAAAGAUUUGUUUUUAUCUGUUAUGUGUGAAUGUAUGCCAUGUGUGUGCAGGUGACCAAGGAGGCCAGAAAAAGGUAUUGGAUUCAUUGAAACUGGAGUUACAGCAAGCUUGAUCACCUGAUGUGGGUGCUGGGAACCAAAGGCUCUGAAUGAACAGCGAGUACUAUUUUUUUUUUUUUUAAUAUUUUUAAAGACUUAUUUAUUGGGCAACAGAUCCCAUUACAGAUGGCUGAGCUACCGUGUGGCUGCUGGGAUUUGAACUCAGGACCUCUGGAGAGCAGUCAGUGCUCCUAACUGCUGAGCCAUCUCUCCAGCCCCAGCAGCAAGUACUCUUAACCACUCUACUUAAGUACUUUAGCCACUUGCUUUGAGAUUUUAAGAAGGUAACACUUGAAGUGCUUUUGACUUCUAUGCGAGGUAUGCAAACUAGCUCAUCAGUGUAUAGGCACCAAGUUAAACCCAUAAGACAGAAACUCACAGUUUCAGGCCAACAGGCUCCAAGUAACAUGCUGUGGCAACUCUCUCUUCUAAGCAAGGGGAAAAAAAGUCACUCCUUUGCAGUUACUUGAUCAGAAACCUCAAUUUGGCAUCCAACAGUAUAUUGCCUUUGCCUCCCAAAUGCUGGGAUUAAAGGUAUGGUGAUACUCUAUACCAAUAACCAACACAAUGCAUUCUAGGACAGACAACAUUCCCAUGUUGACAUUUAUUACAUUAAUAACAUGUCUAGCAAAAAACAAGUAACAAGUUCAAUAACUGAGUUCACACUGACAGGUUCAUUUUGAUCCAUUAGCCAAUUUGGGGAAAAGUCUUAUUGAUCAAAGUAAUAAAAGAUUAGUAGAAAGCACGUUUUCCUUCUACACAGGGCACUUAACUACUCAAAGUCAGUUUCAGAUGCAAAACCAGCUACAGCAUUGUUUUAUAGUCUCCUAAAUGUAGUCAUUCACACCAUUAAAGCCCCCCGUUUUCUUGGGCGAGGAACUGAAAAUACAAGUAAGCAUAUACCCAUCAUAGUAAAUACCCAUGUAUUUACAGAGUUUUUCUGUCAUUAUUGAGAAAUUCAAACUACUCCAACAAACUCAAGUUUUGGGAACCAUUUCUGGUAUCUUAGUCAAGUGCUAUGAGGGUUUUAUACCCCUACCCCUGUUCGUAAUACAAUUUAUGAAUAUUUGGAAUCCAGAUACCUCUUGAAUUAUUCAGAGCUAUGCUUGAUAAGAGACUGAAAAGAGGAUACAAAAUUAGCUUAACUUAUGCUCCUGAAACCACCUGAACAUAUCUUUAGGCUUUUUAUUUACAGUAUGUCCAGGGGUGCGAGUUAGUGCUAUCGCAGGUGCCUACGUAGGACUUGCUGUCUUGCCCUCUAACACUGCACUAUGUUAACAGUAAAAUAUUACAUCAUCCCAAAUCGUAUGAAGUCAGCACAUCUUUAGGAGUACCUAUAUAUAAAAAGUAGCAACAUCAGUGGUUUGAAUAUAAAAAUUUAUUUAAGUCAAAGUAUGCAACAAAUAAAACCUACAGAAAACAGAUUUUCCCAUCAGUCUGUUGCUUUUCCAAAUAAUAUCUUAAAAACACAUUCCUUCAGUCAUUAUAAAGUUCUUGAAAUACAAAAGAAAUGAAAUCUGUAAGAAAGUCUAGUAGAGCAGGUAUGUUAGGACGUGUUCGUUGGAGUGGUGUUAUCAGUACAUCCCACGCCAUCCACCUCCACUCAUUCCACCUUGCCCAUAGUAACCUCCACUGCCUCCACCACCACGACCUGAAGAAGACAGUAAGAACCGUCCAUCAAGAGACAUCCAUAUCUUUAAAUGAAGGACACUAUCACGAUACAGAAACAACUACUUACCAUAGCCUCCCAAGCCAUCAGGAGCACCGUAGCCUCCACUGUAGCUGUUCCCCAUUCCCAUUCUCCCAACAGAUCCGUAUCCUCCUUGAUUAUCUGCACAUAAAGAAGCCGCCACAGAGAUGACUGCCUUACAGAGUAGCCAACACUUGCUCAUUCUACAACACGUAUAAACCUAGGUUUUGGAAGGAUAUGCUGAAGCAUCAAGAAGAAUUGUGAGUUUUGGGCCAGCCUGUGUUACAGUGAGGUGCUACCCAUCACAAAUACAAAACUAUACAUACCCAUUCCAUCUCUGCCAUAGCCUCCUAUUCCAGAACCUCCCAUUCCAGAGCCACCUCCAGGGGUAGAAUUCAAGAAGAGUUCAAUGUAUCGAUGUUCUUUU